GUAUUGACUGCCUUUUCAAAUAUAUUUUUUCUCGGUAAAAAUAAAAUUAUAAAGAAAUGUCGGAUAUCGAAUGCAACGAAGAAUUUAGUUUGUUUGAUUUUAAAUUGGGAAAUUCAGUUGGACAAAAUCGUUCAAAUAAAAGUCCUUAUUUCCACUUUGUGUUUGGUGAAGAAUAUGAUAAAAGUAUAAAUUUUUCAAAACCUGCAAGUAUUAAACUUGACAAAAAUGAGGAGACUAUUCAAAUUUCUUUUGAAACUUCGGAAAAUGAACCAUCAUAUUCAUUGUCCGGACAAAGAUUUGAAGAUAACACAGAUGAAAUGGAUGUUGAGGAUGCGGAAAAAAAUUAUUUAUUAAUAUUUGAUGAGGUUACAAAGACUUAUACGUUAGAGUGCUUGGAUUAUGAGUUUCAUAUUGCUUCUUACUCAGAUGCAGAGCUAGAGAGAGAACUGGAAUCUCGAUUAAUGCAGAAAGAGAUAGAUGAGGAAGACCAGUUAUAUACUCUAAAUGGAGAUGAUUAUGUAGAUGAAGAGGAAGAUGAUGAAUUUGAAGAGAAAUUUAGAGAAGUAAUGGAAAUAGAAGGUAAUGGAGAGAAUGGAAUAACAAAUGAUGAGUAUGAAGACGAUGAUGAUGGGGAUGAUGCUUGGAUGGAGGAUGAUACGAUAGAGGAAGUUGAUGCACCAUCACCGCGACCCGUUGCUGAAGAUGAUAUGUAUGGACCGAUAGAAGAUGAAGAUGUAACGAAGGAUGAUAUAUCAGGGUCAUCAAACAGUAGUUCUUCGGGUAUUUCUUCUUCCUCAUCAUCCGAUUCAGAUAAUUCUGGUGAUGACGGCUCGGAUUCAAGCGAAUCAGAAUUAGAAUCUGAAUUUGGGGAUAUUGAGGCCCAAAUGAAACAAUCAAUGAAUAGCGUUGCCAAAUCGCCUCGUACGAAAAGAGACUUGAAUACGGCAGGUGGAAAAAGAUCUAAUGGUGAUGGAAACCCUAUUUCUCUAGCCGCAUUAUUAGGAGGAGCUGAAGAGCAAGACCAAGAUGACUCGACUGAUGAUUCAGAUUAAUUUUAUUUUGAUGUUUUGUGAAUUCAAUUCUUUUGAUAUGACAUUUUACAUGUUAUGGUUGCUGUCUCACAUUGUAGUUUCAAUUCAAAAAUUUAAAUUGCAUGAUAAAAUCAGCUACCCAAUCGUAUCACGUGACAUACGGCACUAUGAAAAACUAAUAUUCCGUUCUAUGCGAUAUGAAAUUCGAAGAAAUAGUUCUUUUUGAUUGAGUGCAUCAGAUAUUCUCCGAUAUAACUGUUCUAAAUGGAGCAAUCUUUAAGGUGGCUUAAAUUUUGUAACGUCGGCUGGUGCAUUUUUCCGAUAUUAGGAAUUAUGUUGAUUAUAAUGAUUAUAUGUAUAAUUAAAUACAAUGAAAAAAUAUUCCCAGGAUUUAUCGAAUAGAAAAUUCUAAUGUGAUUUGCUUUUUAUUUGUUUAUUUUUUUUUCCAACUUUUAGUAAAUUGUGUAUACACUUUCCAUAUAAAUAAAACACUAGU